ACCAAAGCUCACUUUCCCCGACACGACACAGUUAGAGUCUCAUUUCAAGCCGCCAAACGCCAUGUCGAGCGUCUGAAUGUGUGGCAGAGCAGAAAUGGAGCUCUUUUUAGCGGUUCGCUAACUGACGGGAGCCACAUUGAACGGUACCCCGUGCGCUACACUAACGUAACAACCGGACAGGCGCGAUAUAACCCUGCCUUCAGACAUAAGCAUGCUUCGAGAGCUUUUAUUAAAGCGGCCAACUCGAUUUAAGGUGCAUGUUGCGAUUAGACACCGAUGACAUGUUGCGGGAAGCCUGUCGUCCGCUAACGUUAGCUGUUUCAUGUCAAGCUAUCUACUGUGGAACUUUUAGGGCAGAUUUAAAGGAUUCUCUGCUCGUUUAUCGCUUUUUGUAAGUUUAAUAGUAUCACUAAUGUCGCCAGUGGAUAUUGUCUGUUGUUUCCUGCUUAUACACGGCAUAUCUUGGCUAAUAUGAGCUCGGUAUAUGCGGUUAGCUGACCCAGUGGCAUUAGCAAAGCGCUAGCAGACGAAUCCACGCUGAGAGCAGUGAGAGAGCUUGAUUCUGUUUCCCAAGAGAUUAAACCUCUGUCGAUGCCUUCAAACAGUCGCAGAUGUUGCGGUCUUGGCUGUCCUCAAUGUGUAUGAACUAACCGGAGCACACAGCUGGUAACGUUAGCUGUUCCGGCUACGUUACUGUGCUAACCAACUGUCUGACUGGAAAAUGUGACAGCCCCAUCUAAUCUUAUACAAGGCUAACAAUUGCUAUCACAAUAAAUAUUCCCAACUAUAAGGUUCUUGCGAGUUUCUAUACCGGAGGUUUUAUGAUUAAAGGUUGUUCAGACUUUUCCACACUCACUGACUGUGAAUGAGAGAUCUGUAACAUGGUUGCAGUUCUUGAUGUUAUCACCAAUUUGGAGAAAUACCCUAUCACCAAAGAAGCACUUGAGGAAACCCGCUUGGGAAAGCUGAUCAAUGAUGUGAGAAAGAAAACAAAGGAUGAGGACCUUGCCAAACGUGCCAAGAAACUCCUGCGGAACUGGCAGAAGCUGAUUGAGCCCGGCCAAAGUGACACUCCUGUGAGAGGAGUGCCAAAUGCCCUGGGUUCUGCCAAUGGCGGUGCUCAUCCCUGCCGGACAGACACGCCUCCAGCGGUUCCCCCUUCAAGCAAGGUUGCUCUUGAGCUCAAAACCAGGAAUGACAUCCAUAACACAUACUCCCCAAAGGCUGAGAAAUCCAGCAGCCGAAAGCGGCGGGGAGAGCAAAUGGAUAGUCUGCAUCUGCCACCCAAAAUGAUGAAGACGUCCCUUUAUGAGCCAAUGUAUUCCUCUUCCCCACCAUCAAAUGGCAUUAGGGGGAACCCUGGGCCACUCCCGGAUAAAGAUGAUGUACCAUCUGACAGAAUCUGCAUGGAACACCUUGAAAAUGACAGGCACAACAAAAUCCCUAUCAAUGCUGUGAAGCCUCAUCCGAGCUCUCCGGGGCUCACCAAACUACCUAGCACUUCCUCCUUACUCAAAACGUCAGUGUUACAGCAGCACGUGAGAAUGGAUGGAGGUGGACAGCAUCAGGGCAAAAGCCCUCGAUACUCCUCAAGUCCGCGCAGCAUAAUGCAUGAAACAAUGGCCAAGAGGUCUUCAACAUAUGCACCUAAAGGGACUCUGUCGAGCCCGUCACAGAAUUCAGCCAAAGUGCCCUCGCCUUUGCCCACACUGCAGCCUUUAACUUCGCCGGCCCAGGUGAGCAUCGGCGAUGGUCCAUCAUCUGUGGGGCUGGAAGGCUUGAUGCACUUGCACCGAUCUACAGAUACACUUUCCCAGCCACCACACAACACUGCAACAAUGGAGCCGCUCUCUGGAUCCCCGCUCGCCAUACACGGCUUGGAGGGCGUGGAGAGCAAGGGGGAGCGGGGAGGAGUAACCUCCAACUCGGAAGGCAAAAAGCGGAAGAAAUACAGACCUAGAGACUACACGGUAAAUCUUCAGGGGCAGUCCGCGGAGGACAGGACCAAACCCGUGCGUUUAAAAGAGCGUAGGUUGACAUUUGACCCGGUGACCGGACAGAUUAAGCCCCUCACUCCAAAAGAAUCCCACCACGAGGCAGAGUGCCAAGGCCCACCAAUCGCAGAGCCAUCGGUGAGGACUGAGAUGCCUCAGCAAAAGACACCUACGUCGGUUCCCAACCCCUUUCAACAGACAAACUGGAAAGAGCUGUCCAGAAAUGAAAUUAUUCAAUCGUACCUUAACCUUCAGAGCAAUGUCCUCACAUCCUCUGGAGCACAGACCCAUGGGGCGCACUUUUUCAUGACUGAAUAUUUGAAGCGGGAGGAACACGACGUCAAAGAGACCCGAAAAAUGCAUGUUUUAGUACCGAGCAGCUCCCCGACAGAACUACCCGGGGUGACUCGGGACGUAACGAACGAGGACCUUCUCAGAAUACAUAAUGAACACUGGCCAGGGGUGAAUGGUUGUUAUGACACCAAGGGAGCCUGGUUUGAUUGGACAGAUUGUAUAUCGUUGGAUCUACAUGACGAUGAAAGUAAACUGAACAUCCUGCCAUAUGUUUGCCUGGAUUGACAGAACAGGGCUUGGAAAAGUUUUCAAUGUUCCCACUGUGAGUCGUAGGAGAUCCAACCGACUCUCCUCGUCACUCUGUACUAGGUUCAUCUUACAGGUGUAAAGAACGAACCAACGCCGGUUGUUCACAUUUCAGUUUUCCACAAGAAGGAGCUGAAAUGAUGUCCUGUUUGUGAUAUGCUGCUACCAACAAGAAUUUGCAAACAAGGGUUGUAUAUAACGGCUCGCAGGGAUUUAACUGGGCCAGUUCUUGCACAACAUGUGAAUAGGAGGGUCUGAGCAAGCAUUGAGCAGUACAUAUGUUUAAAAGCAAGUCGAGAACAUUUUUUGGCAGUUACAAAAAGCUUUAUGUGACAAAGAAUAAAUUAUAAAAGUUUCUUAUCA